AUCUACGAUCUGUUGGUCAACAAUUUAGAGACUGGCGAGGCACUUUAUGGUGUCGAGGUCGAUUUGAUUCCAUGGGGUAGCGCUGAACGGACCAGGGACACUACCGGAGCACAAGUAUUUGAUUAUGCUUGCGCUGAAAACGAUGUUGACUGUAAGGCUACCAGAUUGCACGCGUGCAUAGCUCGCAACCACGUGACCAAUUACGUGAAUCACCACGAGUUCCGUAUUGCCGUUUGUACGGUAGGCAAAUCGGAUUGGAAACAAAACCCCCUGGCCAACGCCAUAGCAUGUAGUAACGCCAACCCCGAUAUAAUUGACGAUGGUGUCACUUUUGUACUUUGCGCCAAUAGUCGGGAAUUAUCAGAUCCCUAUUUGAAUCAAGUAAUAGCCGCCACCGACACCCUGCACCCGGUGUUUGACUACAGUGAGUAUCUCCUAUGAUUUUUAAUAUCUAGCUACCUUUGAAUUAAUUGCAAAUAAAAAGGU